UGCAAGGUCCACAUGUGAAUAAAGCCUAAUUCGCAAGCAUAAAAACCAGGGAUGAGAAAGUGUAACAAACUCGACCCGUUUUGCUUCUGCUUUGCAAAAAUCAACAAAGAAAAAAUCGUCUCAAUCUUUGGAUACAGUAAGAUUUUCUCAAUUUCAAUGUCAACAAGUUUGAUCCAAUUGAAUAAUUCAACAUAAGUCUCAAAGAAUAAAGUGACAAUGUCUUCGACAGAAAUUCAGUCUUUACAAAAUGCAUGUUACUCUGGUAAUGAGUGGACAGUAAGAAAUAUUCUUUCUGACAACAAUUUUAAUGAUUACCUCGCAUCUUCUUCUGGUUAUUCACUACUUUGUAGUAUGCUUGAAAAUUCUUCUUAUUCAUCACAACGUCAUAAAGAAUUAAAAGUAGAAUACGAAGUGUACGAACUCCUUCUAGUCAAUUUUCUCGGAAUUUCAAGACUCCUUUUGCAUCAUCCUGUAAAAGUGAAUGACGAAACUCAAGAUCACGAUCAGACUCCACUUCAUUUUGCGGUACAUAUUGCAAAAGUGGAAAUCAUAAAAAUUUUACUGGAAAAAGGAGCUAUUGUUAAUGCAACUAAUAAAGAGUUGAAUACACCUCUACAUAUUGCUGUUUCAGAAAGAAACAAUCUUUCUGAAAGUGCUAUUCAACUUUUACUUGAAAAUGGAGCUGAUAUAAAAAUUUGUAAUAAGGUUGGCAAUACACCUUAUCAUGAGGCGUUUAAUGAUAGUAUUAAGCGUAUUUUAUCACAGCAUGAAAUAAAAAUGCUUCUUGAUAAUGGUGGAGAUAUUCAGGAAAAAGACUCUAGUGGUUAUACAGUGUUACAUAGAGCGGUUGAAAGUCGUAGUUACGAUCUUGUUGAAUUUCUACUAUCUAAAGGAUCUGAAGUGAAUGCUAAGACAAAGUGUAAAAAAACACCUCUACAUCUUGCUAGCCAAAUUCGUCAUAAAAAAAUUUCGCUUCUUCUUUUACGAGCAGGUGCAGAUGUAAACGCUACUACUGUUGCAGAUGACACUCCAUUGCAUUUGGCAGCCCAAUAUGAUUUCAAUAAAGACAAAGGCAAAUUUCUAAAGAUGCUUAUAAAUAACGGUGCUAAUUUAACAGCUAUAAAUAAUGAUGGCCUGAUUCCUUUGAGUUACGCCGUUCAGUGUCAAUCUCUGAUUGAUGCUACAAUUCUUCUGGGUGAAAAUCCAGAUACUUGCAAUAUUACUCUAAAAAUGGCUUUUUUCCUUUCCUUUCUGAGAUUUCAUAAUGACACAAUACUUUAUCUAAGAAUGUUCACACAACAUGGAAAUAAAUCUGUAUGCCAGUUAAUCAGUGAAUUAUUUUAUAAUUAUGGUUUUAGGCUUAACACCGAUGACAUAAAAAAUAUGUCAAUACCGGAGGAAUUGAUAUUAGUUCCUCUAGAUCAUUCAACGAUGAUAGAAAAUAGAAACAUUGUGCAAAGUCUUUUAAAUAAAGAAGAAACAUCCUGUGAGGAAAAAAUGAAGCAAGAAUUUCUGGAAUAUCAUGUAUUAAUAGGUGCCAUUAAGUACGGAUUAACGGAUAUUUUUUACAAUUUCUUACCAAAUGAUUGUAAUGUUAAUUGUUUGAUUCAUGAUUUUACAUUACUGCAUCAUGCCUGUAGAGGAGGAUGCUCAACUAUUGUCAAAGAACUUUUGGCACGUGGUGCCAAUGUGAAUGUAAUUGGAAGCAGAAAGAAAUUUUCACCACUUCAUGUAUCAGUGAUGUACAAUUUCGUAGAAAUUACUAAAAUUUUGUUAACAAAAAAUGCCAAUAUCAAUUCUUGCAAUUACGAAAAUGAAACUCCACUUUGGAUCGCAGUUGAUAUGGAUAGUUUCGAAUGCGUUCAAUUACUUCUAGAAGCUGGCGCUAACGUUAAUUGUAUUGCUUCCAACAAUCACACUCCACUUUACAGGUCUAUCGACUGGAAUAUAAACAUAAAUAUUACAAAAUUGCUUUUGCACUAUGGUGCCACUUUCUGUUCAGGGGAAACGGAAUCAAUAUUUGAAUCUUCAAGAUCUUCAUCUAAAUUUAAUGAAAUAAUUCAUCUGACAUCUGAUCACAGCGUAAAUUUAAGAGUCUUAGAUCGCAAUUAUCCUAAAUGCCCUAACGAACUUGAAGAAAUGAAAAAAACAAAAAUUAGUGAAACUGAUGUGACAAUGUACGAUCUCCUAACUAUGUCACAUAGACGACUUUCUAUUUUGAUGCGAAAUGACAUUUUUCUCGAAUUCAUAAAUUCAUUUGAUAUUAAAACUUUAUUUCCAAAUUUCGCCCAUCAAUUUGAAGUGCGUGUAAAUAAAGCAAAACUUGAAAAGCGAUUAAUAGAAUUAAGUUACGACUGUUUUCAAACUAUAGAAAGAUUUCAAUUACCCUUUCUUGUUUUGGAUAAAAUUAUAUCAUACAUGGGCACUGCAGAUUUACAUCGAUUUGUAAUCGCUUCACCAAUUAAAUCAGAAAUGAAAAAAACGGUGCAAUUCCAUUGUUCCGAAUAAACUAAAAGUUUAAUACACAUUUCUAAGUAUCAAAUUAAGGACAAUGCAUUUAUUUUGAACAGCUUAAAUUUGAUGUAAUUUAAAACAUUUAGAAAUCAGUUUAUGUACUGAUAUUUAUGGUUAAUGACAAUACCUAUAGAUUUAAAAUAAUGAAUUAAAAAUUAAAGAGAACUUUUAUUAAAGAAAAACAAAAUAUAAAACAAUGUACAAUAUUAAACAGUUUAUUAAUAAUGUUUGAUAAAUUAGAACACAACACGCUGCAUACAAUUAAAUAUGUCAUCAGUGUCUAAUAAAUUGUAACAUUAAAAUAUUCAAUAUCGAAAUAGAAGAAGAGGAAUUAAUUAAAAUUUAUGUAAUGUACAAUUGAAAAAUUUAUCAGUUUCAGCUAAAUGACAUAAAAAUGAAAUAUUAAAUAAUUUUUGCACUUAGUUUAACUUCUCUUUAUUCACUUAUUGACUAUUUUCGAAUAAGAAUAGGACCAUAACAAAUUUUGGAACAAAAGAAUCUUUUUCUCCUCCUGCAAUUCUGAAAAUUUAUAAUUAUCGAACUUAUUUAAUUAUAUAAGUUUUAUAUUAUUUGAAAUAUCGCAAUUAAUGUAAUA